AUGCUGGAGUUCAGGACCGCGGGCUUCAACCCGUACGCCGUCAAGUACUCCCCCUUCUUCGAUAGCAGACUUGCAGUCAGCGCUGGAGCCAACUUCGGUCUGGUGGGCAAUGGCCGUCUCUUUAUUCUUAACCUGACAGCGAAUGGCAUCGCUUGCGAGAAGUACUUCGAGACACAAGAUUGCCUCUUCGAUCUCGCAUGGUCCGAGCAGCACGAGAACCAGGUCCUGACAGCAGGAGGAGAUGGAAGCAUCAAGCUCUUCGACAUUGGUGUAGGCGAGUUCCCGGUGGCAGGAUGGCAAGAGCACGCAAGAGAAGUCUUCGCAGUACAUUGGAACUUGAUCGAGAAGCAGACGUUCCUGUCAAGCAGUUGGGACGGCUGCGUCAAGAUAUGGACGCCAGAGAGGAAAGAGAGCUUGAUGACGUUGCCAGUGCACUCGUGUGUCUACUCGGCACAGUACAGUCCACAUCACCCUCAGAUCGUGACAUGCGUGUCACGCGACUCUCACAUAAGAGUCUUCGAUCUUCGAAGUAAGCCCAGCGCACAGAACCACCUCCAACUCGCGAUUCCCAUACAUGCGCCGCCGAAAGUACCGAUAGCUGGGCAAAUUCAGCGCAGUCCGGGACCGACAGAGUGCUUGACACACGACUGGAAUAAGUACCGCGACUCUGUUCUUGCUACUGGAGGCGUAGAUGGGGCCAUACGGACCUUCGAUCUACGCAACCCCUCUGGUCCGGUGAAUAUGCUGCCAGGUCACGACUAUGCUGUCCGGAAGCUGAGCUGGAGUCCGCAUUUGAGCGACGUCCUGCUCAGCGCGAGCUACGACAUGACCUGCAGGAUAUGGACAGACGGUAGCAAUGUAGAUCAGGGCGGCGGCGGCGCAGGUCUUGGAAGAGAAAUGGGACGCAUGGACAGGCAUACAGAAUUCGCCAUGGGCGUGGAUUGGUGUCUCUUUGGCGCAGAGGGGUGGUGCUCAACAUGCGCUUGGGAUGAAAGAGUGCUCGUAUGGGACGUCAGAGAGUUUAUGAGGCCUUGA